GUGCGGCGGUGAGCGGGGCGCAGGGCGCCGCGGGGCACCGGGCUCGGAGGACGGGAAAAUGGCCGCCCUCGGGUCCCCGGCGCGCACCUUCCGAGGUCUUCUCCGGGAGUUGCGCUACAUGAACGCGGGCACUGGCCGCUCCUAUCGCGACACCGCGGCCUAUCGGUACCUCGUGAAAGCUUUCCGGGCACAUCGGGUGACCAGUGAGAAGCUGUGCAGAGCCCAACAUGAGCUUCAUUUCCAAGCUGCCACCUAUCUCUGCCUCCUCCGCAGCGUCCGUGAACACGUGGCCCUUCAUCAGGAAUUUCAUGGCAAGGGUGAGCGCUCAGUGGAGGAGUCAGCUGGCCUAGUGGGUCUCAAGUUGCCCCAUCAGCCCGGAGGGAAGGGCUGGGAGCCAUGAAAAAGGAGAUUCCUUUGAUGCUGCCUUCAUACAAGAAUUUAAUUAUUUCUGUCGAUAUGUAUUUAUCAUUAAAUUUUAUUUAAAGUUUAGGGGUUUUCUCUAAUUUUAUUGGCCAAGUGUUUCUUAGGGAGGUUUCUUUACUCUCAGUGAAUUUAUUGAACUUCGUACACUAGACUGAUUGAUGUUCUGGAUUUACUUCUAAAACUCUUUAUUAGCAUUUUUAUUUUAAAGUAAUACAAGCCUAUUGUUAAGAAAGUCAAAUGUUACAGACAAAAUAAAAGCCUUCUUUUUUU